AAAAGUAGUUUGUGUCGAAACGCUUGUUUCAGUUGUCCCUGGAGACAUUCCCAGUUUCUUCCUGUUGUUGAUAUAUCUGUGUGGGAUAGGCGCAGUUUGUUCCUGGUUGCUUCCACUUGUGUUUGUAACUUUCCACAGCUGUAGUGCUUGUUUUUCGUUCACAGCCUUCGCCAUGCCCGGAGGAAUCUUGCUUGGGGAGGAAUUUCCCGACUUUAAGGCGGACACCACCGUCGGCCCUAUCCAGCUGCACAGCUUUUUCGGGGACUCCUGGGGGAUUCUCUUUUCUCAUCCUAAAGACUAUACUCCUGUUUGCACUACAGAGCUUGGACAAGCAGCAAAGCUGGCACCAGAGUUUGAAAAACGUAACGUGAAAAUGCUUGCACUUUCUGUGGACAGUGUUGAGGACCAUCUUGGUUGGUGUAAGGAUAUAAAUGCUUACAAUGGCGAUGAACCUACAGAGAAGCUGCCCUUCCCCAUAAUUGCAGACCCUAACAGGGACCUGGCUAUUAAGCUCGGAAUGCUGGAUCCAGAUGAAAGGGACAAGGAAGGAAUGCCACUGACUGCUCGAUGUGUUUUUAUUAUUGGGCCAGACAAGAAAAUGAAGUUGUCCAUUUUAUACCCAGCAACUACGGGCAGAAAUUUUCGGGAGAUUCUGAGAGUAAUUGAUUCACUUCAGUUGACUUCCCAAAAGAAAGUUGCAACUCCUGUCAACUGGCAGCCAGGUGAGAACUGCAUGGUCCUUCCAAACAUACCAGAGGAAGAAGCUUCUAAGUUGUUUCCAGCUGGAGUUUACACUAAAGCGUUGCCAUCGCAAAAGAACUACCUUCGCUAUACUCCCCACACUCCCCACUCCUGAACAGGCGAGAGAAGAUUGCACAACAAACUUAUUGGGACCGGCUGCAGCUUGUCUUCAGGGAUUUUCACUACAUUGAACAGCACAUCUUUGGAAAAGUGCUGCAGUGGAGCUAUUUGGUGGGGAAAAUAGCCCAUCUCCAAAAGUCUUGGCCUGAACAUAAUGGUGUGCAUAGCUUUUUGCUGUCCAUUUAAUGCCUGCUGAGCUUGUCCAUCUGUGGCAGAAAAGUAUGAGCAAAGUAAUUCAUGGCUGUGCAAUACCAGUACCUGUGUGAGGCGCAUGUUUAGCACCAAAGCUUGAUUUUAAGCUGCAACCUGUCCUUUGCACUAAUUCUGUGAUCAUUCACCUUGCUGUUUACUUCCUUGUGGAGUGAAAUAAAUAUGAAAUAAAGUGCUUGAAAUGG